UUUUAAUAAAGGGUGAGAAAAGCAGUAGCUUUCUAGCAUAUGCCACCUGGGAAUUAAUAAAAGGGGAAGGGAGCGUCAAGGAACUGAGAGGUGAAGGCAAAAACAAAAGGGAAAAUGAUGCAGCAGGAAACAAAGAAGAAGAAUGGUGGCAAUGAAGAUUUCAAGAAGAAGGAGCGUCAUAUAGUCACAUGGACUCAAGAGGAAGAUGAUAUCCUUCGUGAACAAAUCAGUUCACAUGGAACUGAAAACUGGGCAAUCAUUGCCUCUAAAUUCAAGGAUAAAACAACAAGGCAGUGCAGAAGAAGAUGGUACACAUACUUGACUUCAGAUUUCAAGAAAGGAGGAUGGUCACCAGAGGAAGAUAUGCUUUUAUGUGAGGCUCAGAAAGUUUUUGGCAAUAGAUGGACCGAAAUAGCAAAGGUGGUUUCAGGCAGAACGGAUAAUGCUGUUAAAAAUCGAUUCUCCACACUGUGCAAGAAGAAAGCCAAGUAUGAAGCCUUAGAAAAGGAGAAUAGUACAUGUAUAAACCCAAAUAACAAAAGAAUUUUACUUAAAAAUGGGUUGAAUGUAGACGGAACGGCAGACUGCACUGGUUCUGUUAAGAGAAUGAGGAGAUACCACGUUUCAGAUUACUGCAAUUUUGGAGAUAGAGCACAUAGAGUGUCUGGAACAAUGAUGAAUCAGCAGCUAAGACAUCCUUUUGCAGUUUUGGGUCAAAAUCUUCACAAUGCUAACAGUAUCGUGGUGCAAUCUCAAGUCAACAAUGUUAAAGAGGUUUCUAAUGAUGGAGCUCAGAAUAAUAUAAAUCAAGGUACCUUUCUCAUAAAGGACGAUCCAAAGAUAAAUGCUUUGAUGCAGCAAGCGGAGCUACUCAGUUCACUCACAUUGAAAGUUAACUUGGACAACACAGAACAAAGUCUGGAAAAUGCUUGGAAGAUUCUCCAAGACUUUUUGAAUCAGAGUAAAGAAAAUGACAUCCUGAGAUAUACAAUGUCUGAUAAUGACUUGCAACUAGAAGAUUUCAAAGACUUGUUUGAGGGUUUAAGGAGCAGUAACGAGGGAAUUCAAUCGUUUUGGAGGCAACCUGAUUUGUAUAAGGCAUCUCCAGCCAGCUCCAAAAACAGUACAGGGUCGACACUGAUGCCUCAUCCGGCUGGGGAAGCUGGAGAAGAAACUCAAGUUAAGAUAGAUGCACUGCACCGGGAUAUACUGUCAAGUCCUAUCAUAGAACAGAAUUGCGGGAACGAAGAGGAGAAAAGGGCUUCUUCUGGAGCAAACACAAAUCAAGUCGAGAUAAUCCCAUCAUGUAACGAUCAAACAAACAACAUAGUUGCUUCUACCACAUCGAGCAUAGAGUUCAGUUCCCCGGUCCAAGUUACCCCACUUUUCAGAUCUCUAGCAGCAGGAAUUCCCAGCCUAAAUUUUUCAGAAAGUGAAAGGAACUUCCUACUUAAGACCCUCGGAAUGGAGUCCCCUUCUAAUACAGGAAACAAUCUUUCACAACCACCACCUUGCAAACGAGUCCUCCUCCAUAGUUUAUAAAUAACCUCUUAUCAUCUCUUAUAAUAAAAUCAACAUCGGUCUAUGGCCCGUAUAGACUUAUUCCUCAUAAUUUGUUUCCUGAGAAACAUAGCUCAUAUUGAGUUCUCAUUCACUUUUUUCUUUUUUAUGUCCUAGGGUUGCAGUCUUUGCCUGGAAUUUUACAACAGGGCAUUUAACGAUCUGCAUUCCUAGCUCAUUGGCUCAGAAUGUUUUGGUGCAUUCUAGCUUCUCAGACACAUCCAAUAAGAUGUCCUGAGUUCCAUUAAUUUCUUCCCCCCCCUACUAGGGAGUACUACCUUAAUACCACAUUAAAACUAGUGUGUGCUUGUUAGUGUGUGUCAUUCUUCUGUUUGCAUCUCUUCUGAGUGGUUUCGGGUAUCUCUUAGUCCAUCAUUCUAAUCCAGUUUUUUUUUUUUUUUUUUUUUUUUGUAAUCUAGUACAGAACCUACUAUAUGAAGUCAUUAGAGUGUAAUUAUACAUAGGCAACUUGCCUAAAUAUGAUAAAAGAUAGCGGGGAAAAAAGAUGAAAUAGGAAAGGAGGAU